GCUUCUUUAUCUACUAAAACAUCUCAGCUAUGCACGAGGAAGAGUUAUAUACGUCUCUUCAGUGGGACAACCCGACAUCAGAUUCUUCUCAGAAAUGUUUUCCUUCCACCAAAAUUUCAGGAACCUGGUGUGCUGUGAUGCUGAUUUUCUGCAUGGGCUUAUUAGCAACGUCUAUUUUCUUGGGAAUCAAGGUGUUCCAGGCAUCUGCUACCAUAAUGAAGCAGGAAGAAAAACUCAUCCAGCAAGACAGAGAGUUGUCAAACUUUACACAAUGGAAGAAAACUCCUGACCUUCAGAGGAAAUAUCAGCAAACCUCAAUGCCAAACUAUUGCAUUUCAGCUUUCACAAUGUUCAGGUUAUUGAUUAACAUGGAUUCCAAACAAGGAAUACUGAAGAGCCUUCAACCUCUCAACAUCUGGGCAGCAAAAAUUAUGAAUGAAUAA